GACAAAUCCUGAACAAUUCGUUUUGUCAGCUUGUGUACUAAUAUCUGAUAAAAACAAAAUUCUGAGUGUUUUAUUACAAGUGGUUUUGUUUAUUUGUGAUAAAGAUCUAUGGAUAAAGACCACAAUCAGAUUUAAAUAAUUAAUGUAAUAAUUCAAAUGAAUAUAGUUGUAAAAAAUAUGUGAAGAGAAGGAAAAAUGGAAAAUCCAAGUAUGAAUAUUGAAUUAGAAUGGGUUGAACAAACAAAUUCAACAUGGGCUCAAAAAGAUACUGAUAAUAUAGCAAACAGAGAUUUGGUGCAGUCCAUGUAUGAUGUAUUGUUGCAAAAUAAAGAAGUACGUGUCAUACCAACAACGUUAUCUUCUUAUAAUGAUGUACAAGCUUUGCCAAGUUUUCAAUAUGAAGCUCCUACAUCCCUGGAACUAACAAACUAUUUAAACACACUCUUAACAUCUCAGCAUCAGUUAGCUAGAGAAAUAUGUUCAUCCACUCAGUUUUCUGUUCUUUUAAAACAGAGAAUGAUGAUUUUAAAAAGAAUAUAUUAUGCCUUGAUAAUAAAAUACCAUGAUAAGGAUAAGACAUCUGAUGGACAAGCAAUGAAUGUUAAAAAUUCCCCUGUUGUUAGUACUGUAACUAGAGAAGUAUUGUCAGGAUCUCAAGCUCUUCUAGAAAUUGGUGUAAAAACAGGCCUUAGUCUCCUCUUCUCUUUGUUGCAACAGAACUGGCAAGUUAGUGGAAUUUUAGGCAUACCAUCUUUAUGUAAUUCAGUGCUAGAAACCACAGUUUCCCUCAUUAAGAAACUGCCACCUUUAUGCUUGUCAAACGAUGUGCAACUGACUUAUUUAGGAAUAACCAGUUUGGAACAAGUUUGUGAUUUUUUGAAAAAUGCAGUUCUUCACGAAACAGCUGCAGAUAGUAGAGGAAAAUUGCUGGCUUCUGAAAUCUUAAUUGGUUUGGCUCUUCAAAGAGGAUCAUUGAGAUUUCUCUUGGAGUGGAUCGACAUGGCCUUAGAUGCUUCUAUGAACCAGACUAUCGAAAGUGAGUUAUUUACCAAGGCUAUAUCACAGCUUGAAGGUGUAAAGCCUCGUCUGAAAAAUGAAUCAUGGAAAAAAGACAGCUCUGAACCAAUAUCAAUGUAUGAAGCUGCUAUAUAUCUUAUUGAAAUUUUAUCUCUAAUGGCUGUAGAUUAUGGCGGAGCUUGUUCAGUAGCAGAGACAACUGCUUGUGAAUCUGAAUUAGGUGUUUAUGAAAAAUCAGAUGUAUUUGUUUGGGGUUCUAAUUCUUCAAGCCAAUUAGCUGAGGGUCAACAUGAAAAAAUAUUGUUACCUGUAAAAUCUAAAAUAUUUAAUCAGGUUCAACAAAUUGAAGCAGGUCAGUAUUGCACUUUUGUUAUCCACUGGGAUGGAUAUGUAAGCGCUUGUGGUAGAGGAAGCUAUGGACGUUUGGGCCUGGGUGAAACUUCAAAUCAAGCAUUACCAAAAAAAGUUUUGCUAGAUAGUGUUGUAAAAAAAUUGUCUAGUUCAAAAGGUUCUGAUGGACAUACCUUAGCUUUGACAGAUAAUGGUCAUGUAUACAGUUGGGGAGAUGGAGAUUAUGGCAAACUCGGACAUGGUAAUUGUGUGACUUACAAGAAACCGGAACGGAUACUAGGACCAUUUUCCGGAAAAACUAUAAGAUUUAUUAAUGCUGGAUAUAGACAUAGCGCCGCAAUAACAGAAGAUGGGAGGUUGUGGACUUGGGGCGAAGGCGAAUAUGGUCGUUUGGGUCAUGGGGAUAACGCUGGACGUCAUAUUCCGACGAUGGUCACUGAUCUAGUGGACAUUGGUCAAGUCUCGUGUGGCAGUUCCCAUACUUUGGCAGUAUCUAGAGACGGUACAAAAGUUUGGUCUUUUGGUAGUGGCGACAAUGGCAAACUCGGACAUGGAGAAAUUGCCAAGGUAUACAAACCAAAACUAAUAGAAGCUCUACAAGGAUUAAUAAUACAGAAAGUAUGCGCCGGCACAUCAUUUUCUGUAGCGUUGACCAAUAUGGGGCAGGUAUAUACUUGGGGAACUGGGCCUGCUCUUGGUAUGGGAUCCGCUGAUGUAAUAGGAUUACAACCUCUUUUAGUUGAAGACCUAGUUCCUUUUAGAAUAAUUGAUAUAUCCGUCGGUGACAACCAUUGUUUAGCCUUAACUGACGAAUUUCAAAUUUACGCUUGGGGCGUCAACACAGUAGGUCAGUGUGGACAGGGACACACUUCUAGUCCUAUUACAAGACCUCUUAAAGUUAUGGGUCUAGAAGGCGUUAUGGUUAGACAGAUCAGUGCAGGCACAUCGCAUUCCAUUGCAUGGACCAGCGUACCAGCUGAGAACCAUCAAAUUACCAGGCAUAAACCAUUCUGUCUUGAUUUACACGAGAAAACAUUUAAUUACUUUAAGGUGUUCUUGGAAAAAUAUACUAAUUGUUUUACAUAUGAGAAACCUCCACAACCGUUUAAAACUAGGGAGGAUCACGAAAACUUUAUAAUUUUAACCUUAAAGUUAUUGUGUACUCAUUUUCAUCUUUGUAUUAGUGCCAAUUUGAACACCAAUGUUUUAAAUAAGCAUGCCAAGGAGUUAAGGACUGCUUUAUUUAGAUUAGUGGAUAUAGACGCUACAGAAGAAAUUCAUAAUCUUUCCAAGGAAGUAUUAAAUAUAGGCGCACCGUUACUUUUACCUUUGUUAAAUGAAAGAGUCGAAUUUCUACACUCUCAUUUGUCCAGUGGCAACUCCUUGUCUCAAGGACAACAGAUGCUCUUAAGUAUUAUUUUAAGCAGCUUAGAAGAUCCCAUUCAUAUAGCCUCAUUAUUAGGAUAUGCUGUCAGUACAGAUAAGUCUAAAGAGUUAGAUGGGAAAAUGACAUCAACUCUGAUGCACACAUUGCUGCAGUCGUUUACUAAAAACACCGAGGAAACCAUGGAAUCUAUUUUGAAAUAUAUGGCUAUUAAAACAAACUAUAAAUGGCAGAAGCCCGGAAAUUCAAAAGUUUGUCAUCUUCAAAAGUUGCUUUCGUCACUUCAAAACCAUAUGCUCGCUCAUUAUAUUGUAUCGAACAAAAUACAAGUAAAGGAAAUUUCAAACGACAACGAUUUCUUGGUCAAUCAUCUGAAAAGUUUAUUCGAAUUUGCUAUACAAGUUCUAAAAAAAGGAGCUACAAUUUUGGUGGUCUAUCCGAAUUCUCUGGAAUUACUCUAUAACGUUCUUUUAGACUCUAUUGCUGGCGCAAUGUUGUUUAAAAUCUUAAAUUCCUUAUUGCUAAUGCCUGUUGCAUACAUUAGAAUAAUUUAUAACCCUCUUUUAGAAGUAUUGAAAGCUUUGGAUGCUUUCAACCAAUUGUUGCCAUCCGAACUGAUAGUGGAAAACGAUAAAGAUGGCUCAAGAUCUGAAACACCCACCUUAGCUCAAUUAGCCGAACAAUCGUGGAUUUGGAUCGUAGAUAUGCAAAAGACGUGUUCGCUUUUGGUCGGUCACUGUUUAGGAGGAAUGGUUGUAGGUGAAUUACACAGCAGAGAAGAAUUAUUGUGCCGCAAUUGGCUCACAAGUGUAAUAUUUUCGUCUGGCGUCGAAAACGAAGAUUUAGGGUUGGAAUGCCUAGAAGAAUUAUCGUAUGUGUCUGGGUCAAAUAAUUUAAAUAGCAUGUUGGUAACAUUUGAGAACCUGUCUAAAAAUGUACAGAAACUAUGUAAAUUAGCUUUUGAUUUACCUUGCCAAUACGACGAGGCGUGUGCCGUAACUCAAGAUAAUCAAGAAUCCGAAGACAUAUUUGGUAAAAUGUUACAAAAUCUAGAAGACGAAACGUUCGAGUUUGACGAAGAAAAACGAAAAAUGUUUGAUCGUAUUACGAGAUGCUUCUUUUAUGCGGUAUUGAAAGUAACAGGACUGUUAGACAAGGGUAACAAUGCAGCUGCAUUUAAAGAGGUGUUUAAGUAUUCAAAUACGUUAAGACAAAAGCUAUUCAGUCUUAUGUACAGCUCAAAAUUUAGAGAGCAGGAACCGAUGGAAGAAGAUAAGGAUAGUGACGAGUCUAAAGUAAUAUCGGAAGACAAUACCCAAUUGGUUUUGAGAGAAAUCGACUUCGAGAUAUUUUGUCAGAAGGUUUUACAAAGAUGUUUGUUUCUGCUGAUCUACGUGCGCGGUACCAAAGUAGAUAUAUCGUUAGGCGAGAUGGAGUCAGACGAAGAGGUAUCAGAGAAACCUUACAUCGAAUUUUAUAAGUCUGAGAGAGAUCCCACGUUAGCCGAUUUGAGGCACGUUUGUUCGUUGAGUCUUAAUUAUGUUAUCAGUGGAACUGAGGAAAAAGCAGGAUGUAAGGCCGAUAAUGGAUGGUCAAAUGAUCCGGCGAUUGUUUUGAAAGCUUUGUUAUGUCACAAGAAAAGAGCUGCAAGUCGCUUCGAAGCUCUAGAUCAGCUUAUAUACCACCUUACAAGUAAAGAACCAACUUUAACAGUUUUAAACUGUAUCCAUCAGCAACUAUUGGAAGGAUGUUUCGGAUUUUGUAAUAUAUGCAAUGACGACUCCUGUACGCCGUUCCAUCAUUAUUUGGAAGGCAUUCAAAGUUCUCCCAUGGAAAUGCAGGAAAAAAUUCGCACAAUUGUACAAGGAAUUUACGACUACCUAACGACGUCCUUAAAAAAUCAAGUGUCCGAAAAUUGUGAAUACCAGCAUUUGCUUUUGGUGACAGUAUUUUCCCUUAGCACUCGAUAUCAACCAAACGAUUUGAGCUUGAUCAUCAACAACGAUCUAGUUCAAAAUCUAAUGCAACUGGUCAAUAUUGGUAACUUUGGAUUUCAGCCUUACACGAAGUCAGAGAUUCUCACGAUGGCUUCGUUGAGGCUGAUACAUAUAUUGGCCAUGUCUUGUUGCAUCAACUCCAAAAAUAUUGAUAUAGCUCCAUUAGAAAUUAUAAUCGGUGUUUUACAUAAUCAGUUUCUAAAAACUAUAGAAAUUUUUGACGAGUGCUGCCAAGAUUUCGUUUCGCAAGCGUUCCAGUGGGGCAACGAACGUCACAUGGGCGAUUUCCUAUUAUUUUUAAGAGUUAUUUCGUCCGGUAGCAAUAUUCAACGCCUGUUAGCCACAAAGAAAUGGAUAUAUGCGUUUUUGACGAUACUGGGUACCUUCAAUAUGAACUUGAGUUACAACUCCCAGAUCAAGGUACUGAGACCGAAAUUAUUGAUACUGCAACUUCUGCAAAUAAUCCUGCCUAACUUGAAACCGGUACAUAUAGACGAUGCUUUAAGGAAACACAUUGUAGCGAAGUUGUUCUGUUUCUUGGGCAAGGAGAUAUGGGCGGAUUCGUCAAAUAAUUCGUUUUCCGUUUCAUUUGGUAACAAAUUCGACCCAGCCGAUGAUAUUCUUACUGUCAAAGAUUUUAAAGAAAGCGAGGGAAAUGUUCCUGUUCACGACAUGGGUUUUGAUCCAGAAAAAUGUGUUAACUGUACAAUUGACGGAAGCUUAACUUUAAUUCAUGGAUCUGGUGGUCGUGGAUACGGAUUGGGUUUACAAGCUAUAAAAUCGGGUUGUUAUCAAUGGAAAAUUCUUAUUGUUAAAGAAAACAGAGGAAAUGAAGGAACAUGUAUAGGGGUUGCUAGACUACCAGUUAGAGAUUUUAGUCAUAGGUCUACCACUGAUAUGUGGUUAUAUAGAGCAUAUAGUGGAAGUCUUUAUCAUAAUGGGGAAAGAGAUAUUUGUUUCCAGAGUUACACGCAAGGAGACUAUAUAACUGUCGUGUUAGAUAUGGACGCAAAGACUUUAAGUUUUGGCAAAAAUGGAGAAGAGCCAAAGAUAGCUUUCGAAAAUGUCGAGGGUAUGGAAUUGUUUCCUUGUGUUAUGUUUUACAGUACUAACCCCGGAGAGAAAGUUAAAAUCACGGACAUGAAAGUCCAUGGUACACAACGGGAUGUACUACCUGGAGAACCAAAUUUGGCACCUCUGCAUGCAGUGCUCGCGGAAGCCUAUAUAGGACUUAUAAGAAAGCUUCACAAUUCGGUUACAUGGACUAAUGAUGUAAAUACCGCUUUGAAGCAGAGAAUAAAUAAAAUUGAAGAAUUAUUUCCCAAUGUCGAAACUCACAAUCUUGACGAGGCGUCCUCUAGAAAGAUGGUAGAUUUAAAACCUGAGCUUGAAAUUAAUUUAGAAGAAAUGUGCUCUGUAGUUUGGCCAGCGCUGGCUGUUAUUGGAGGAUUAGAUAGAGGUUUAAGAAUGGGAGGUUAUUGUAAACAUAAAACAACCGGUAAAAAGGCUAUCGUUUUAGGUAUCUUAAAGAAGGGUAUAACUACCGUUAACGUUCAGUGGGAACAUGACAGUGGCGUAUCAAAUGUGGCCAUAUCAAAUUUGGAGUUUAUCGAACCUGAACCGUUUUGUACUGCUAAGUUUACAGGUUUAAACUGUAACAUUCUGCUUCAACUGGCCAGAUUGUCUGGCAUUACCAACGAAAUAUCGUUUCCGCUGUACGAGCUGAACGAAGAAGAGGAGGAAGCGUUUCUGCCUUCCGACAUUAAGAAACGAUCUUCAGGAGCCGAAGAAAUGUUACAUUCGAUUUCGGAUUCUCAGGUUAACACUAAAAGUACGAUGGAAAAGUCACAAAUGCCGCGGACAGUGGAAAGUCUGACUAACGAAAUGGUGUCAAAUAUUAUGGGCGAAGUUAAAAGAAUAAGUACCGAAAAAUUGACAGGUUCGCAAAGUGAAACUAUACUUAGAGAUCAAAAUGCCGACGCCACUAAAAACCAACAGAACGACAGUGCCGAAACUGAAGAGCUUCAGCAAAAAUUUGCAUUAAUGGAAGACGAAUAUAUAAAAUUGGCCUUUUUGCAGUUUGCUGCUUUAAAAGCUUUAGGGUCAUUUAUAAUGACAACUCAAUUCACAGAAUUGUUUUUAAUAAAUGCUAGCAAUUCGGAACAUGACGUAGACAUUAUAAAGGAAAUAAUGCAUAGCAUUGUCGAUAAAAGUAUUGAUCAGUGUAAAUUAAAAAAUAUCAUUACAGUCGCUGACACAGAAAGAGCUCUAAAUGUCCUUCAUAUGAGUUAUACUAAAUCAAAAUGCAAGGAAGAUGUAGAUUGUCAGUUUAGAAAUAUCGAUGAACUUUCUUCGUCCCAAAAUGAUAAUGUAGGUAGUUACCAAGAUGCGAGUAGUACGUCCAUAUCACAUAGUCCAGGGUGUAGCUCUUUUCAAGACGUAUCGACGAUAAGAGUUCCAAAGUUUCCAAGGAAAAUCAUUAGACCCCCAUCCUCUCUGCGAGCACAAUGUCUUAACUAUUCUAGGGCGAUAUCAUUACAGCCAAGUCCAACCAGUGCUUUUUCUACAAGGGUACACAGGUUCGGUUCGUCGGAAUCGGAAGACAAUUUAUGGACCAUUAGACGCAGAUCUAAUUCUAUACCGGCUCCUCCGAUAGCGGUUCCCCUUUUGGAAAUGGGCUUUACUCUCAAACACAUAUUGAAAGCUCUGUGCGAGACUCACAGUUCGGGAGAGGUGAGCGCCAGAACCAUCAACACGCUGGCGACUUGGAUGUGCGAGCAUCCGUAUCUGGAGGCUAGAGUAGAACCUAGUUCGAGCAACGUGUCUUCGUUUAGAGAACUGUGGAACAGAAGCAACGACUUAGUUGAUCAACAGAACUUUAUUAUUGAAAGGUCCCAAGACUUACUGAGACCACAGACCACAACGUCAGCAACUAACGAAAAUCUUCAACGAAGAGGCAUGGGGCCAAGGCGACGUGCCUAUGCAGAAUUUCGAAGUUUGGUAGAAAAAGUGGACAGGGCUCUACAAGAUCGUGUUAGAGAAAGACAACAGUUUAGAGAAAGACAACACGUUAGAGGUGAAGCUCAGCCUUUAUUGAGAGACCUAGGGGCAGCUUCUGGGAUUAUGGAUGAUAUGUCAUCCCAAGAAUGCGAAGGCGCCACAGCAGAUAUUCCGACGGGAGAAUCAAGCUCAUCGAAUUACGUCUAUGUUAGCAAACAAUGCGCCGUAUGUCCUUACUGUGAACAUUUGUCGCCCUACCUUGACGCUCAUAUGUUAUCCCAUCAUCCUGGAUGUGGAGCUUUGUGGGGACCUGGAGUUUGUGGAUACGUCACUGACGGCUUUUACAUUAUCUGUUACAAAUGCAAGAACAAAUACUUAAACAAGAACAAAGCCGACAAUAUUUUAUUGAACAAAUGCCCGGAUAUAUUCUUUGACGAUGACGAUAAUACAGAGACUGAUAUGCAGAGUUUGAACUUUUCUAUAUCAGAAUGCGAUAACUUGGAAGAUAUCAAAGGAUUUUUGGGUGUUUCUGAGAAAGAUUUCUCUUUAAAACCCAUCAAUUUUCACGGAACUGAUCCAUUAGGAACCAGCGCUGUGACAAAAAUUCCUCCAGAUAAUGAAAAAACGGAUGAAAUCAAAUGUAAAAGUAUCGGCAACCAGGCAUCGCUUCUUAGUACUCCUUUACAGAGAAUUUUUGCAUUUAAAGCCCUCUCUAUAUCAGUAAAAAUAUUACUUUCAAGACAAAUUAUACUGAACGUCCUUUCUUUGUUGUCCAUGUCUACAAAUUAUGUAAGUUUGAUUUCCUGUCUGGAGCUAAUAGGUUUGAGUGAUAUGGCUAAAGUGGUUCGACUGAUGACGCUCACUGCCAUGAACAGAGUGGAACUGAGUAAAAUACAGUCCUCUCCAUAUUUCUUAAGCCUCAGACUUCCAGAAGAUUUUAAUCACCUUACGACGAACUUACCGAACGCCGCAAAUUCAUGUUUGAAGUAUCUAAGCGUUAGUAUUGCAGCUCUUGCUCAAAACGAAAUAGAAGCUUCGAAUUUGGUGGUGAAUAUUUGUACUAAAGAUCUGCUCAUGGCAGCUUUUGGUGUUGCAGUUCCUAAAUCAGCAUUUGCAGUAACUCAGGCUCUUGUUAAUAUACUAUCCACACACGGAGGAUGUUCUCUGAUGGAUUUACCAAAAGAAGAAGUUUGUUUAAGUCCAUCCAUAGAGAGGCAAAAUGUGGGUCCCUUGAUAUUAGCGAAUGCUUUAUCAUCCUAUAUUUUGUCUAAUAGAGUGGCAAAACAAGCCAAAGAAUGGGCAGCUCAGCAGCUCUUUAAAUCUAUUGCUACGAAAGUCCAAAUGAUGUCAGGCUCAAACCUAGAGCAAGUUAAUUUUGCCGAUUUGUCUGGAAGUAUGCCCAAACAGAAUAUUAGUACCCUAGACGGCCAUGACAAUCGAGUAAGUACGCUAGCUUGGAAUAAAAAAACUAGGAUAUUGGCUUCGGCAGGCUAUGAUGGCACAGUACGUUUAUGGAGUUUUGUUAAUGGAAAGAUACCUAUCUUAGAUUCUACGCUUGUGUUCCAUACUAGUAUAAAUACAUUUGGUAAUGACCUACAGGGAAAACUUAUAGGUCACUUAGAGUGGUCGCCAAUGGGUGACUAUCUAGCAGCUGCUUUGGACAGUGUAAUAAAUAUUUGGUGCAUCAGAAAAACUGAACAAUCUCAAGAAUUUGAUUGGUUCGUCGAGCACCAAAAGGAGUUUAUAACAGUUAUGUGCUGGCCUAAGAAUAAAAACGAAAACGCCACAGAUAAAGAUUAUUUAUUAGUAGGAAAAAUAGACGGCACAGUGACACUUCUAACGGUUCUGCAUGCUUCCAAACGAGUAGAAACCUUAAUGAACUUCUCCUUAUCUAAUGCAGUGGUUCAUAUGGACUGGUAUCACGAAGAUCAUUAUUAUGCAAUUGGAUAUUUAGAUGGUAGUCUAAAGUUAGGAAAACUGGAUUGUCAAGCGAAUAUAAUUACUAUGCAAGCUCACGAAAGUCCAAUAAGUGGCUUAUGUUGGAAUCCAGAGGGCGAAUUACUAGCUACUAUUUCAAUUGAUGCGACUUGCAAAUUGUGGAAACAGGAAACUGAAAAUAUAGUUUUGAUUUACACCAUAAUUUUAACAUAUGAACCAACAAGUUUGGCUUGGUCACCGGUUAUUGGUGAGAACACUGGCUAUAUGUUAUUAGCAAUUGGAACUAGUUAUGGAACUGUAAACUUGUGGAAGGUACCGCCUUAUUCAAACUCUAGAACAGAAAUUCCUAUGUUAAUGUUCUCUGCACAAGGACAUUCCUAUAAUGCAGUGACAGCGUUAUCAAUCCAUUCUAGUGGCAUGCUUUUAGCAAGCGGCUGUUUAAAAGGUCCUAGUGGAGUGGUAAAUGUAUGGUCGUUGACUAAUGGAAAUUUAGUUUAUACCACUACAGGUAGUGGUGGUGUUAACACCAAUGGAUUACAAUGGAUAGAUGAUAAUGAUGCUCUUGCAGUCGCCUUUUCAAGGUCCAUCUCUGUUACUGUUGUGCCUUAUUCAGUUGAAGAUCUAAAAGUAAAUUUACCUUUAGCAACUGUUAGGUGUUCGCUGUUAAAGAAAGGUGUUAGAGGUUUUAAAAGAGCUCCAUUUUUUAAAGGUUUGGCCAGCCUUUUGCCAAAAAUUCUUUUAGAUCAAUAUAACGCGGAAAAAUUGAGCGUUUCUACUGGGGCUCAGUUAAUGCACAGUGUCUAUUUAAAGAGCUUAGCGUCUUUAGCUAUAAUCCUUAACUUAGAUAAAGUUAUUUGUUACAAAUUGAAACCGUUCAAUGACGACAAUAAAAUUGAAAUCCAACCGGAAUUUCAUUGGUUGCAUACCUUUAGCUUGGGAUCUCAAAUUGCGGAGAGUUUAAUCAAAAGGACUGAUUUGCCUGAAACCAUAAUAAAUUUAUCCCAAGUUUUGGAUGAAGAUACACCGCCAUCGACAAUACAAAAUGCGUUUUGGACUUUGAAACAGGAUGAACAAAUUAUGGAAUGGUCUUCGCAAAGGCCUCAGGACUGGGAGAUUGGUGGAAAAUGCAGAGCUUUUCUGUGGGGAUCCGAUAGACACGGCCAAUUGGCUGAACUAGGUUAUAGUGCCUCGGCUCCUGCCAUAGUCGAAUCGUUUUCAGUAGCAAGAAAAAUUGUAUGCGGUCAAAAUUGUACAUUUGUCAUAUUAACAAAUGGUGCAGUUAUGGCUUGUGGAGAAGGAAGUUAUGGAAGAUUAGGCCAAGGAAAUUCGGACGAUCUACAUUCCCUUAGUAUAAUUUCGAGUCUUCAGGGAUUUGUAAUAACGGAUUUGGCUACGUCGAUGGGUUCCGACGGUCAUAGUUUAGCUUUAGCAGAAAGCGGUGAAGUAUUCUCUUGGGGCGAUGGAGAUUAUGGAAAAUUAGGCCAUGGAAACAGCGACAGACAGAGACGACCUAGACAAAUUGAAGCAUUGCAGAACGAAGAAGUCGUCCAGGUUGCUUGUGGAUUUAAACAUAGCGCGGUAGUAACUAGCGAUGGAAAAUUGUUUACAUUUGGAAAUGGCGAUUACGGUCGCUUAGGCCUGGGUUCGACUUCAAAUAAAAAAACACCUGAAAUUGUCAUGUCUCUGGAUGGAUAUAAAAUUGGACAAGUCGCUUGCGGUCUGAAUCAUACAGCGUGUGUUUCCACAGACGGAAUGGAUGUAUGGACCUUUGGGGAAGGCGAUUUUGGAAAAUUAGGAUUGGGCCACACUACAACAAAAUCGAUUCCACAAAAGGUUGAAAGUUUGUGUGGCAUCGGUAUUAAGAAAGUCGGAUGCGGUACCAAUCUAACCGUUUUCUUGACAAAAAAAGGAAAUCUGUUCGUGUGUGGUGUUGAUAGGGUUCCUUGGCAAAAUUUAUCUAGAGAACGCCCUGACUUCUUGCCACAUCAACUUAGUUCAUUAGAAAACUACUUUAUAGACGAUUUUGCCAUUGGAACUGAACACGUCCUAAUUUUGACAAGCUGUGGAAAAGUAUUUGGAUGGGGUAUGAAUACUGAGGGUCAAUGUGGUCUUCCACAUGUUUCUUUAAUUAGAGAUCCUCAAAUAAUUACCGAACUAUCUGAUAAAGGAAUUAGACAAAUUUCAACAGGACGGACUCACAGCGCAGCAUGGACAGCAAAUCCGCUUCCAAAAAGAACACCAGGUGUGAGCCAGAGUUUAACUUUUGGACUGCCCAAAGAAAUUCCUCCUCAGUUUGACCACCUGCAAGGGUUACCUACUAAAUCAAUUCAAGCAAGGUUGAAGUUCCUAUAUAAUUUUUCUGACAAGCUCUAUUCUUGUUGGACGUUUAUGCCGUUAAGUUCCCAGCAAGCCGAGUUCAACGUUCCACCUUUAGAAGGUCUGAUUUCGCCAAAAUUACGCCCUAUACUCGCUCCAAGAGUGUAUACAUUGCCUUUUGUUAGAUGUGUAGGGAAAACAAUGGUCCAAGGAAAGAACUAUGGGCCUCCGGUGGUUAUUAGAAGAAUAUCUCAAGAAGGAAGAAAAGUUAAGCCUAUAUUUAUUCAAACCGCAAAGCAAGUAGUGGACUUUAACCCUCACGAUUUAAGACUUCCUUCUAGAGCGUGGAAAGUCAAAUUAGUUGGCGAAGGAGCGGAUGAUGCAGGUGGCGUUUUUGACGAUACUAUUACAGAAAUGUGUCAGGAAAUUACAAAUAAUACAGUACCAUUACUGGUUCCAACACCAAACGCAUUAAACGAUGAAGGAUUCGACAGAGACAAAUACCUUCUGAAUCCUCACUUAACUACCCCUCAGUAUCUAACCUGGUUUAAGUUUCUUGGCAUUUUGUUUGGUGUCGCUAUUAGGACUAAAAAACCUUUAGCUAUACCUUUGGCUCCGCUAAUCUGGAAGCUUAUUGUCGGGGAACCGUUAACUGUUGAAGAUUUGGAAGACACUGACUCGAUGUAUGUUCAGACUUUGAGAAGCAUUAGAGAUAUUGAUAAGUCAGGAGUUACAGCUGAAUAUUUCUAUGAGAUUAUUCCAUUACAAACGUUUGAAGGGCAAAGUUGUACAGGAAAUAUAGUACCAAUUACUCACGGUGGUAAAAAUAUUCCUCUGACUUUCGAAAAUAGAGCACAAUAUUUUGAGCAAUCUAUUAAGUUCAGAAUGCAGGAAUUUGAUCUUCAAAUAGCAGCCAUCAGAGAAGGAAUGUCCGGAAUUAUUCCGGUGCCGCUAUUGUCGUUAAUGACGGCAGAUCAUUUGGAACAAUUAGUAUGUGGCAUGUCACAUAUAUCUAUAAGUGUUCUGAAAAAAAUUGUUAGGUAUAGAGAAUUAGACGAAAAUAACCAAUUGGUAAAAUGGCUGUGGAACAUUUUAGAAAGCUUUACCGAUAACGAAAGAGUUCUUUUUAUGAGAUUCGUAUCGGGUAGAUCCAGAUUGCCGGCCAAUUUAGCCGAUUUAUCUCAACGUUUUCAGGUAAUGAAAGUAGACAAAGCAGUAAAUGGACUUCCAACAGCACAGACAUGUUUCUUCCAACUUAGACUGCCACCCUAUACCAGUCAAGAAAUUAUGGCUGAGAAAUUACGUUAUUCUAUCAAUAACUGUAGAUCUAUUGAUAUGGAUAAUUAUAUGUUGGCCAGAAAUACUGAGCAAGGAAACGUCUCUGAUGAAGACUGGUCUUUUGAAAGUUAAACUAAUUUAAAAGGUUGUAAUUGGAAUGAUAUAAUCUAAACAAACGUCUGGACGGUCAGCCUGACAUAGUUUUAUAGCAUGUACUCCAGAAAAGGCUGAAUAUUUUUUUAUAACGACUGUAUUUUUGGAUUUCGUUUUUAUAAUUUCUUCUAUUUGUUAUGUUUUUAUUGAAAAUAAAUAUAAACUUGUUAAAGCUUUAAAA